UUGUGUAUUUUGCCAACAGGUCUGAGGCUGAUUCUGCCAAGUUCGUGCCUGUAAUGGGAUGAGUGGAGGGGCCUCGGAUGUCUCGGGGCCUGCUCCAGUCUUGACCCAGAAAGAAGGGAACCCCGAGGCCGGUGGGCGGGGCCUGCUGGGGACCCACAGGUCACGCGUGACGCUGCAGACCAUGAUUCUCCCCGAGAUCUGAGCUGGAUCUGCGAGUUCAGAGAAUCCCUGCAGCUCUGCACCUUCGGAGGCCUCGGGGGAAAAGGUCAUCGUUCCCAAGAGUUCUGCACUUGGCCAGUCACCUCUCGUAACUGUGUGCCAAAGAGGACUCAAUGAAAGAUGACAGAGGAAGCCAUCGUCAUAGCCAAGUGGGACUACACCGCCCAGCAGGACCAGGAACUGGACAUCAAGAAGAACGAGCGCCUGUGGCUGCUGGAUGACUCCAAGACGUGGUGGCGGGUGCGGAACGCGGCCAACAGGACAGGCUACGUGCCGUCCAACUACGUGGAGCGCAAGAACAGCCUGAAGAAGGGCUCGCUGGUGAAGAACCUCAAGGACACGCUGGGCCUCGGCAGGACGCGCAGGAAGCCCAGCGCUCGGGAUGCGUCCCCGACACCCAGCACGGAGGCCGAGUUCCCGGCCAACGGCGCAGCCGACCGCAUCUACGACCUCAGCAUCCCAGCCUUGGUGAAGUUCGCCUACGCGGCCGAGCGUGAGGACGAGCUGUCCCUGGUGAAGGGCUCGCGCGUCACUGUCAUGGAGAAGUGCAGUGACGGCUGGUGGCGGGGCAGCUCCAACGGGCAGGUGGGCUGGUUCCCGUCCAACUACGUGCUGGAGGAGGUGGACGCAGCCGCUGCCGAGCCCCCCGGGGUGCCCGGGCCGCGCAGGGCCCCUGGCCUGAGCCUGGCGCGGGGCACGCUGCACGUGGUGCAGACGCUGUACCCGUUCAGCUCGGCCACCGAGGAGGAGCUCAACUUCGACAAGGGCGAGACCAUGGAGGUCAUCGAGAAGCCGGAGAACGACCCCGAGUGGUGGAAGUGCAAGAACGCGCGGGGCCAGGUGGGCCUGGUCCCCAAGAACUACGUGGUGGUGCUGAGCGACGGGCCGGCCCCACACCCUGUGCCCGCCCCACAGCCCGGCUUCUCUGGGCCCUCAGCCAGCGGGCGCUUCGCGGGCCGAGAGUGGUACUACGGCAGCGUGACGCGCCACCAGGCCGAGUGCGCGCUCAACGAGCGGGGCGUAGAGGGCGACUUCCUGGUCAGGGACAGCGAGUCCUCGCCCAGCGACUUCUCCGUGUCCCUCAAGGCGUCAGGGAAGAACAAGCACUUCAAGGUGCAGCUGGUGGACAACGUGUACUGUAUCGGGCAGCGGCGCUUCCACAGCAUGGACGAGCUGGUGGAGCACUACAAGAAGGCGCCCAUCUUCACCAGCGAGCACGGCGAGAAGCUCUACCUGGUCCGCGCGCUGCAGUGACGGUGACGCGGUCUGACCUUCUGCCCGCCCCAGGCCUCGCAGCUGGGGGGAGCCGGGCCGGGGCGACCCCAGGGCCUCGGGCUGCCCCUCCGGGC